AUGCAGCUCAAACAAGACGCGCAUGGUCGCGAGGUUGUCUCUACCAUAAUCAACAACGAGGAGCAGCCAUUCGAUGCUGAUCGUGUCCUCCCGGUCAAGAACUCUAUCUCUGGAGAAAAUGUCCAUUACUACGCCGGUGCGGAUACAGAAGUCUGUGGGCGUGCAUGCGACGCAGCUUGGAACGCCUUCCAAACUUGGAAAAAUGCGCCGAUAACAGAACGUCGGGGAUUGUUGCUCAGGGUAGCAGACCUCUACAAGAAACGUGUGGACGAGCUUGUCCAAGCGCAGAUGAAGGAAACCGCGUGUACUGAAGACUGGGCGAAAUUCAACGUCCUUGCUGCAACCAACUAUAUCAACGAAUUUGCAGCAUGUGUCAGUAGUGUCAAGGGAACUGUCGCUCCAACUGACAAGCCCGAUACUAUGACUUUCGUCUUCAAGGAACCAAUUGGUCCGAUUCUUGUCAUCCCGCCUUGGAAUGCGGCCGUCAUUCUUUCCACCAGGGCCAUAAGCUCUGCAAUUGUCACUGGCUGCACGGUAGUGCUCAAAUGCUCCGAGUUGUCACCCUUAACUCAUACAAUUCUCGUCGACAUUUUCCGUGAGGCUGGAUGCCCUGCUGGUGUUCUUAACAGCCUUUCGGCUUCACGCCAGGACGCGGCAGCCGUCACGGAGAGUCUGAUUGCAAAUGAACACAUUCGCAAGAUUGAGUUCAUCGGAAGCGGAGCGGUUGGCAAAAUUAUCGCAGGAACAGCAGCCAAGUACCUCAAACCCACAAUUAUGGAGCUGGGUGGAAAGUGCCCUGCAAUUGUGCUGGACGACGCAGAUCUGCCAAAGGCCGCUCGCCUCUGUGCUCAGGGUGCCGUGAAGAACCAUGGACAAAUAUGCUUCAGCACAGAGCGUAUCAUUGUGCUACGCAGUGUCGCGGAUGAGUUCCUCAAACUCUUGGUUGAAGAGACUAAGAAAGCGCCAUCUGGAUCUGCAGUUUCAGAGUCCAUUGCACAAAACGCUAUUAGCAUUCUGAAAGACGCAAAAGACAAAGGUGCGAAGUUCCUUUGCGGUGAUGGUGAACUCAAGGAGAACUGCUCUAUCUCGAACACUUUGGUACUCGUUGACCCCAAGAAGACUCCUGAUCAUCUCAGAAUCGUUGAUGAGGAGACUUUUGGACCGAGCGCAAGUGUCUACAUUGUUGAUGACGACGCCGAAGCUAUCAAGAUAGCAAAUCGCAGUGCAUACGGACUGAAUGCCGCGAUCCAUACGCGAAACCUAGAACGAUCGAUUAAGAUGGGUAGACAACUUGAAUAUGGUCAGGUUCACACCAACUCAUCAACUGUCUACAUUAGUCCAACUGGACCUCAAGGAGGUGUCAAGGGCAGUGGUUGGGGCACGCAAAAUGCUGGUUGGGGUCUAGAGCAAUUCUACAAUACCAAACAGAUCAGCUGGCACGGCGAGGAUAGCGGUAACUGA